CUCCUCCAGCUCCAAACUGUGCUAUCUCUAACUCCAGCAUCUGCAGUUCUUGCUAUCUCUGAUAUCAUUUUCGGCCGUUUUGGCCGGCCCACACACGGAUGCAGCGAAGCAUGAGGGUGAAUUGUUAUUAUAUAAACCAGUAGACAUUAUCUUUACACAAUCCUUACAUGGUUUUGUAACCUUGGGCAGACGGCUGAGGUCGUGCCAAAUGGUGGAUGUAAAUUUGGAACCGUUGUAAAAAUACUGCGCGAUUAAGGAUUGCGAGAUCAUUCCUCACGUCAACUAAAACCGUCAGAAGUGUUCGACUGGAAGCAAUUGCAAAUAUAAAAGCUUACAGUUUCAAAAUUACGGAAUUUGCAAGCCAUAUGUAGCCAGAUUAUAAGGGAGACGCAUUGUGGAACUUAAUUUUAGAAAUGUCAUUCCAAAAGAAUCUGUAAACAGCUUGGACUAAAGUUUCGUUUUGCGAGAAACGAAAGUGAAACGGUUCGAAAAAACAUCGCAGAGUUCCCAUUCGCCUGUGAGCGAUGGCGGCGAGUGCUAACUAUCCAUACCCUGUCCUGGUUGAAGGGGACUGGGCUCCAGACAUCGCUAAAGUUUUGAAAACUAAACUUCAGGUUUAUUUCCAAAGUAGAAAAAAAUCGAAUGGCGGAGACUGCGUCGUGGAAUUCGACGAUCUCUCUGAAAAACAAGUAGUGGUUUGGUUCGCCUCUCAGCAAACAAGAUGCCAAGUGUUGGAGAAAGAAACACAUGAAGUCGAUAUGCAAAAGAGAGGGAAAAUUCACUUAACUGUCAAACCUCUACCUCAAGCAGAUGGGGACUGGGUCACAACACCACAACUGACUCCAGGACAGUCUGACCAGGAUACUGUAAGAAAACUACGCAAGACAGAAAAAGGUCCUCAGGCAGUGUUGAACCAAGAAGCCCAUUCAGCGGAGAAUGAUCAAUUAAUGAGGAGACUUCAUGAAGAUAAGCGUGAAGAUCCUGCACAAUCCUCAGCUGUAGUGUUACAAAAUCUUCCCAAAAACACCACAUGUGAAAUGCUAAAUCUGCUAAUUGAAAAUUUUACUGGAUUAACUGAAGAAACUGGUCAUUUCAGUCUGGAAAUAUUGAAUGAAACGAAUAUGGCAGUUGUGAUUUUCAAAACUAACAUUGACAUCAAUGACUUCAUUGAAAAGUGCUCCAGAAAAGUAUUGAGUAACAACCAAAAUAUUAUGGCACGGCAGCUGGAGAUGACAACAAGUGUGAGAGUGGAGAACCUACCUUCCAAUAUCAGUAACCAAUUCUUAAAACUGUACUUUGAAAGUUCGAAAAAUGGAUGUGGAGAAGUGACUGACAUUGAAAUGAUGUCUGAGGACGAUGUAGCAAUUGUUUCUUUUGGAGAUUCUAAUGUUCUGGAUACCAUCUUGGCUAAAACACAUGUUAUUGAAAAAACUCCAAUCUAUGUCUAUCCCUACUACAAGAGUUUGGGUUCAGCUUUAUAUGGCAACAAAAGACCAGUUGUGAAAAUGCCUGAUCCCUUCACCUUCAAGUUGGAUCCCUACAUCUUCCAAUUUCUUCAAAAGGAUAGAAGGCGAAUUGCGGAAAUCAAAGACAAAAUGUCAGUGCAUCAUUGUAACAUUGCAUUGUUAGACACAGACUUGUCAAACUCUAUCAAGAUAUCUCCAACAUUUUCAGGACAAGAAACUUCAUUAAAAAAACUUGUAAAGAAUUGGAAACAGUUGGCUUCAGAUAAUUUAACUGGUAUCCUGUCAAAAUACAAAACCAUUAAUAAUAGCGUGAGGCGACGUACCUGGGAAAAAAUUCAGGGAGAUUUUAAGCAGCAUUUGAACCAAAAUAUUGUUGUUGUACCAGCUAUUUCAAAUGAACAAGUAAUAGUUGCUGGAGAUUCUGACAGCGUAGAUAUUUUUCAACAAGAAUUCAAAUCACUCGUGGAUAGAGUCACUGAAGAAUUGGAAAGGGAGAAACAAAGUGUGACCGAGAAAGUGAAUUGUGAUCCUGCUAAAUGUAAUCUUUUAUUAAGCACUGAUCUUGAAAAGUGUGUUUCCACAAUGUUUCCCAACCUUACCAUGGAAUACAAUACAUCUGCAGGUGAUAUUACAUUAUAUGGUUUACCUAAAGAUGUUUUUGCUGCCAAAAGUAAAAUAUUGGAAGAACUUGUUCAAAUAAAAACAAAAAAACUUGAUAUGAACCCCCAUCUUAUUGAUUUCCUACAACGACUAGAUUCUAAUGAAGUUUCCUGCUGCUUGUUCAUAUCAAAUGGAAUCAACGCUAUGUAUGACAUUCAAGAUAACUGUGUCUUACUCAUAGGAAUUAAGGAUUCCUUUUUAUGUGCAGCAGAGGAACAGAUCAAAAAACGUCUGAAUUUCAAACGUAUUAAGGUGGAAGAUUCAAGAGUCAUUGGAAUGCCUGAGUGGGCACAACUGAAACAAAAAUUGGUCACCAAGCUAAAUUCUCCCAUGAUACAAGUUGAAAUCAAAGUGAUGACAAUGGACGAGCAUUUGGAGAUCAUUAUCUCUGGCUAUUCUAGUGCUGUCAUGGAUGUUUUUGAAAUGCUUUCAGAUUUUGUUACGAAAAACACAAUCAUUCAAAAACAAGUUCCCUUGAAAUCUGCUGGAGUCCUGCAGUUUUUGAUGGAUGUUAGGAAACUUGAUCUUUUCCACACAGCACCAAAGGACCUGAAAAUACGAGUUAAUGUUGAGGAAAAUGGUUCAAGUGUGUUACUAUCUGGUCCCCAAGUAUAUGUCCUUCAAAUGGAGAAUUACCUUUUAAGUGAAGCUACCACAGUAAUUAGUUCUUUCUUUGAAAUUGCCAAACCGGGAACAAAGAAGAUUUUCAAAGAAAAAGAAGAUAUGUAUGUUUCUACACUAAUGCAUAAAUUUGAUUGCAUUCUAAAGAUGAUUGAAUCUGGUAACUUUGGGGACAGUGCUAAAUUGGGCCGAAGUCACUAUAAAGUGCAGUUACCUCGUGGACCCUUGGUAACUGUUUAUAGAGGAGACCUCUGCAAGAGUGAAGUUGAUGUGGUUGUCAAUGCAGCAAAUGAAGAUCUGCAGCACAUUGGAGGCCUUGCAGCAGCUCUACUAAAAGCAGCUGGCUCAACAUUGCAAACUCAGUGCAAUUGGAUUGUUAAGGAACAAGGAUCCCUUGCACCUGGAGAUGCAGUUAUUACAAGUGCUGGUAAACUACCAUGUUCCAGAGUAAUUCAUGCAGUUGGUCCAAGAUGGGUGGGAGCUGAUGCAGACACAUCUAAGAAAUGCUUAAGGAAGGCCAUAAUCCAAAGUUUGUGUCUUGCAGAAGCCCACAAUUUGAAGACAAUAGCAAUUCCUGCUAUUAGUUCAGGAAUAUUUGGAUUUCCAUUGAAUUUAUGUGCAGAAGUAAUUGUCAGAUCAAUAAGAGAGCACUGUGUCGAUUCACAGGGUGGCAGUGCACUAAAAGCAAUCCAUUUAGUAAAUCAUGAUGAACAAACAGUUCGUGCCAUUUCAGUUGCAGUUCAGAAAAUUCUGGGUGAAUUCGCACUUACUGGACCUACUCCCACACAGCCAAAAAGGCUUAACAGUGGCAGCAAGAUAAACAUCAGAAGCAUGAACUGUGUGCAUGAAGCCCAGACAAAGGAAGGUCUAAAUGUUUUUGUUCUCAAAGGCGGAAUUCAAGAUGUAGCUGUAAGACAAGGACGAGUAAACCCUUCCCAAGUUGCCAAUGCAAUGAUUGAUUCAGUCUGUGAUUUUGUAAACAGAAAAUCUUCAACUUAUUUGCAGAAGAUUCGCAUUGUUAUUUUCCAACCACAAAUGUUCAGUGAAUUUCAGAACAGUCUGCAAAAACGUGAAAGGUCCAAUCUUCCGGAAUCAGAAUCUUUCUGGAAUAAAGCAAAAAAUGCAGUAACAGGACUUUUUUGGACUGAUCAAAGUAAAGAGAAGAAACAACAUUUUACUGAAAACCAUAUUGUAUUCAAAGAUCAGAUAGAUCCUGUUCUGUUUGAAAUCUGUGGAGCAAGCGAGCUAAUUGUAGAAAAGGCGAAAUCCUUUUUACAAUGUUUAAUUUUAAAAGAACAUGAUGAGAAAAUCAUUUACAGCGAUGACUUAUUUCAGUUCUCUGAAAAAGAAGAAGAAGAAUUAACUGCACUCCAGAAGAAACUGCAAAUCACAGUAGAGUUGAAACUUAAACCAUCUGGAGCUGAGGCCAUUGUUCGUGGCGCUGCUAAGGAUGUUUCAUCUGCUUAUUCUAAAAUUCAAGAAAUGAUUAAUAAUCUCAGAGUAAAAGAAUCCAGAAGAAGAGAUGAAGAACUUCUCAACAAUUUGGUGCAAUGGCACUUUGAACAAGGUGCACAGUUCAUCCCUUUUGACAAGGCUGUGAACCUUGAUCUGGAAAAGGCAUUCACUCAGGUCAAAACUGAACUCUUAAUUGAAUGGCAGUCCAAAAGAUGGAGAGUGGAUUUCAAACAAAAUACUGCAACUGACACUCAAGGAAACAUAAUUAACUUGAAAAGGGUUUUGAAAACAGAAGGAAUGGCAACAGACAACAUUCCUAGCCACUGGGAUGACAUGCAAAAAUCACAGUACAAAUUUAUACAGUUACAACAACAAUCCCAAGAAUAUCAGGAAGUAGUGAAAUCAAUAACAACAUCAGAGAACUUAAUGAGACUAAAUAAACCGAUUAAGAUUGUGAAGAUUGAAAGAUUGCAAAACAUGUGCCUUUGGAAGAAUUAUAUGAUUAAAAAACAACAGCUGGAAGAUAAGAAUCCUGUUGGCACUAGUAAUGAACAUGUCCUAUUUCAUGGAACAGCACAAGACACGCUUGAUUCAAUUAACCAUCAUGGAUUUAAUCGUAGUUAUGCAGGAAGGAAUGCCACAGCACUCGGGAAGGGCACCUAUUUUGCAGUAAGUGCAAGUUAUUCUGCUCAGGAAACAUACUCAAGGACUGAUGCUCGUGGAUUUAAGUACAUGUAUCGUGCUCGAGUACUUACUGGAGUCUACUGUCGAGGACAGCCAGGAAUGGUCACUCCCCCUUCAAAAUCUUCAACAAAUCCUACAGACUUGUAUGAUAGCGUCGUUGAUAAUGAACAAAACCCAACAAUGUUCAUCAUUUUCAAUGAUAUUCAAGCCUAUCCAGAAUACUUAAUAACCUUUACAUUAUAGAGUCAUUUUGGAUAGAAAAUCCCAUUAUAAUGGCUUGUUAUGUACUCUUUUACAGUUGUGUUACUCAACUAAAAUUGUUUCUAACUUUCUUAAAACCUUUCAGUCAAUAUUGCAUACUUCUGUCCUGAAAUCAGUUUUUAGAUCAGGAAAAUCAGUCUGAAUAGCUAUUGAAAUUACUAGGUAGCAGGGCCAGAAAACUUUAUUUCAGGUCUAAACAAUAAGUUUUAAUUCUGAUCAAGGAUAAAUUUCUGACUUUGUUAUUUGUAAGUUUCUAACACAAGAUUGUCUUGGACAGUCUCGAGCCAGUUUCAAAUGGGCAUAAGACUUAAGAGUAAACUGCUGAGAGAAAUGACUCUUAGAUUAGCAAAUAAAGAUUAUGUCAAUGCUUUUCAUAGUGUUUUUGAAAUAUAAGUUGAGAGUCUUUUGAAUAUUGAGGCUCCAAGUCUCAGGAGCAAAACUGAUAUCAGCUCCCCUUCAACUUGCUGUAAAGUUCCCAUGUAUUUUUAGUAAAGUGCAGAUUCCCAAAAUAACUCAUGUCCCUGCAUUGAUGUCAGGGCAAUACUAAAAAUUCUCACAAUUCCAUCUGCGCAGAUUUUGAAAAGUCUGCAUGAGGAAUACCUCAUGAAACCUCUGUAGAAUACAAAUUAGUUAAGCUAAAAAGACAGCCGCGGUCUAACUGUUGCUUAGCUGCUGGUAUUUGGUGUUUGUUCUCGCCUUUUUGAUCAGAUCAUCACCAGAUGAAUUCCCUCAACUUUGUUUGGCGACCAACAUUGGAUGUAAUUGUGAUGAUACUUGGAUCUGUGGUCUCCUAAACAGUUACUGAUCUGCUAGAUCAGAUUCAUGAUCAUUUCUGAUGUUAGCUUCUUCUGCUUGGUAGCUACUUACAUAAAGUGAAAGUGGAUGGGUUAUGAUGGGGAAUACUAUAAAUGGAUGAUUAAGCAGUGGUAAGACCAGUAGCGAUGAGCAAAUAUGUAUGCCUAUUGCUUUAACUUUAUUUGAAAAUGUUCCUAAUCAGAAUACUUAGUGGGGAAGCAGAAAUCGGAAAUCCUAAUAGAGAUGACCUACUGGAUCUGAGCUUGCCUGAAUACUCAACUUAUUACUGGAGAAGGCAUCAGAAACAUAGAAAAUGAUGCAGGGAAAGUGAACUCUUUUGAGGUGGAUUAAAGCAGAGAAAGUGUCAGCCUUUGUGUUUAAAAAUUAGGUUCACUGGACUGUCUGACAGGAGUACUUAAAUACAUGAUAAAUUGGUUGAGGUGCUUCUAUUUGUAGCCUUACAAAAGAGACUCGUUUUUUUAGCUUCAUUUGACUAGGACAAAGUUUAGUCUCGUAUUUGACCAUUUUCUCUCUGUGUAAAGGUGUAGUUUGGGAUUUCAACGUACCUGCAAAGACAGACUUUGACAAUAUGUGCAAAGAACCAUUUUCCUAUAUCCACCAAGAUUCUCCUUUAUUUAGUAAUUAGUGGAUUUUAGUAAUUUUUGACACCAGAAGUAAGAAUUGAUGAAUGCUAAUGAUGUUAAAUUCUUUAACUGUCAAUGAUUUCUUUGAAAUAUUCAAAUAUAUCACUGUACAUCACAUUCUUCCUGUUUGCUAUUUAUGUUCGGAAUUGUCAUGCAAAAUCAGAAAUGUGAUUUCUUAUUUUUCCUUGUAUUAACUCUCUGAUUGAAGGUCCAAGACAUACUUGUAAGGCAUAUUUUUAUAUAGAAUUAAUAAAACUACCUGAUGUCCCAA